UGCAGCCACUACCGCCGGAGUUUUGGCGUUUCCGAGCCGCCGCCCCCCACGCGCUCCUGUCGGAAUCUCCGACCCUCACAGCCGCAAUGUCGUCUGACUUUGAGGGCUACGAGCAGGACUUUGCGGUGCUGACCGCAGAGAUAACUAGCAAGAUCGGGAGAGUCCCCAAACUGUCGCCAGAGGAGAAGAAGCAGAUGGUUGCUAAUGUGGAGAAACAGCUAGAGGAAGCAAAGGAACUGCUUGAACAGAUGGACCUGGAAGUCCGAGAGAUCCCUCCACAAAGUAGAGGAAUGUAUACCAGCAGAAUGAGGAGCUACAAGCAAGAAAUGGGAAAACUUGAAACAGAUUUUAAAAGGUCACGGAUCGCCUACAGUGACGAAGUACGGAAUGAGCUCCUAGGGGAUGAUGGGAAUUCCUCCGAGAACCAGUUGAUAAAAUUACGUGAAGAGAGGGCACAUCUGCUCGAUAACACAGAGAGGCUGGAAAGGUCAUCUCGGAGACUAGAGGCUGGAUACCAAAUAGCAGUGGAAACCGAGCAAAUUGGCCAGGAGAUGUUGGAAAACCUCAAUCAUGACAGAGAGAAGAUACAGCGUGCUCGGGAAAGGCUUCGAGAAACAGAUGCUAACUUGGGGAAAAGUUCUCGGAUCUUAACAGGAAUGUUGCGAAGGAUUAUCCAAAACCGUAUCUUGGUGGUUAUCCUUGCAAUCAUCGUGGUCUUCACCAUCCUGACGGCUAUUUUUAUUUCUGUCAAAGGACACUGAUGUAUCUGCUCUUCCCUGAUACACAGCACCACACGCCUUGUUCUGAGUAAUUAAGACAAAGUGGUCACAUGAAUCAUCCCUUUGCACUGACAGGCCCGAGUGCCCCUUUCUCCUCCCCCACUCUUGCUGCUGUUCAACUUUGGUGCAAGGAGUGUAAAAGAUGUUUUCUAUUCUUGAUUGCAUGUGGGGCGAUUUCCCCUCUUGCUGAUGUCUUCACAGAGAUAUUUUUUGGGAAGCUUAGUAUUUGACUUGAAAAAAUUUCACUGAGUGAUCAAAAUAGUAUUUGUUAAAUUCUUUAUCCAGCCUGUGAAAACAGA